ACCAAAAAGUGACUUAAGAUUGAAUCAAGGGUUUGAUCGGAUUCUCAUUGAUUAAGCUCCUAACCAAAAAAUCUACUUACUUUCCUACUUUUGCCACCAAAAUCUCAACUGGGUAAUCACCAUUUUCACUCCAAACCCAUCAGAAUCCCAGCUUUAACCUCCCUAAUUAAGCUCCUAAGUAGACUCCUACUCCUCCAUGGCGGACCCUCUAAAAGGAGAGGAUCCGCCUUCCCAACUCACCCUUCUUCUCGAUUCAAAUCACAACAACCGUCACCAAGCACCAGAAGGAGAAUGCAAAGAUACCCAAUUGGACCAGACCCUCCAACGGCUAGAAACGUUUCUCACUCUAUUGGGCUUCAGUCAAUCUUCUUGGUUGAGGCUUGCGCUGUCCUGGACUGCUCUGGUUCUUCUCGGUGUUGUUCUCCCGGUGGUGGUGCUAGAGAUAUUCAACUGUUCGGACUGCGACAAGUAUCAGGUUAAAUGGUUCGAGCUCACUAUCGUGGCAUCGCAGGCGGUUCUGGCGGCGGUCUCUUUGCUCUGCAUCUCUCACUGUCUUCGCAAGUAUGGCAUUCGGAGGUUCCUCUUUGUUGAUCGCUAUAGUGGCCGUAUCGUUCGGUUUCGAAACGAUUACAUCAAGCAGAUUAAGGAUUCUUUACGUCUGCUGAUUUGGUGGGCACUGCCAUGUUUUCUUUUGAAAACUCUGCGAGAGGUCAUCCGCAUGAUAUAUGUCCGUCACGAGUCAUGGUGGCUGUCAUUUGCUGUAUUAGUAGCUUUGGUUCUAUCAUGGGCUUAUGUGAGUACAAUCACUCUAACAGCUAGCAUUUUGUUUCACUUGGUCUGCAACUUGCAAGUUAUCCACUUUGAUGAUUAUGGAAGGCUCUUUGAAAGGGAUUCUAAUGUGUUGCUAUUUAUGGAGGAGCAUAUUCGCCUGCGGUAUCAUCUCCAUAAAAUAAGCCAUAGGUUCCGGAUCUUCCUUCUUGUGCAGUUUAUAAUCGUCACCACAAGCCAGUUUGUGACUCUACUCGAGCUCACAAUAUACAGUGGAAAAAUCACUGUCAUAAACAGUGGCGAUUUUGCAGUUGUCGGCAUUACUAUUUCCCUGCACGCAGCUACUAAAAUUUCUGGUAGAGCCCAAGGUAUAACGACAGUUGCCAGUAGAUGGCAUGCGUUAAUGACAUGCAGUUCUAACAAUUCAUCUCACCACAGAAGUUCAGACAGUUUGAUGAACUUUGAGGCCGCCAACAGAUUGAGUUCACUGCAUAUAAGUUACUCUGAGAGUGAUUUUGAGUCAGCAGAUUAUGUUCACGUGCCUACAAAUUCUCAGCUGGCUUCACAUAUGGCUUCAUAUCACAAGAGACAAGCUUUUGUGUUAUACUUGCAAACCAAUCACGGGGGCAUAACGAUUUUCGGAUGGAUGGUCGAUAGAGACCUCCUCACCACGAUCUUUUUCAUCGAACUGUCUCUGAUUACCUUUGUUCUUGGACAGACAAUAGCUUUUUCGUCCACUUGAUCCGUUCAUCUGUCCUGGUUUGCACCUUCAUCUCUUCCAUUAUUUACCCAUGAAAUCCUUAGAAAGCUGUUUGCGUAACGAUGUGGUUCUGUGAAGUGUACAAGGGUAUGUGGAGGGGGAAUAACUGAGGCUUCUUUUAGUCCGGGAAAGUACGCCAUGGAGGUCAGCUCUGCAGCCUACAAGGAGUAUGUGGAGGUUUGACAUGGAGUCAUUACCACCUGACCUUGCGGCUUGAAGCUUGUAAAUGAGCCUUAAGACGACUUGCCGUGAGGCCGUCGAGGGAGGCAGUCAUGUCCUCGUCGUUCUUGGUCAUCUUCGCCAGAGCCCUGCUGGCGUCCUUGCCGGGAACAUUGCGAACGGCCCGCCGGACCGUAAACGACUUGCCGUCCGAGACGUCGAAGACGCGGCCUUUGAGCGCCAUUGUAUAUCGUGUUCGAUGGGUCAGUGCCGUUGUACUGGAUCAGCUGCUGCGCUGUGAACACCAUCGCCGUGUUGGCGAGGGCGAAGAUGGUAAAUAUGAAGACUUUGGAGGUUGUUGGGUAUCGGAGUAGAUGAAUGCUCCAAUUGUCGAUGGUCUGAUUUUUAAGUUCUUCGCCCACCAAAAAUUAAAUUGCAGAUUUUUUUAGCGACGUUUUGAAUUAAACGCCACGUUUUGAAUUAAACGUCUCGUUUUGAAGUGUCGUAAACUAAACAUUUAUUCUUUUUGUAAAUUUAAUUAAACAUUUUCUCUACAA